GUGGGGAGAAAGCUCGGCCGCUCCAUUCAAGGAUUGAAAUUGAAUGAAACGCUUCCACUCACAACCAUUCAACGCUCAUCUCUCUCUCUCUUUCUCACACGGAAAGCCAAAAGCUUAGAGAGAGACUUGACAAUGGCGAUGACCCCAAGCCAAGACCCAAACCGUAUCUCCGAAGCUAGCUCCAAACCUACAGUGCACCUUCAAGACAUGGAGGAGCUCAAGAGAGUCUUCAGCCGCUUCGACGCCAACGGCGACGGCCAGAUCUCCAUUUCCGAGCUCGACAACGUUCUCAAAUCCCUCGGCUCAAGCGUUUCCGAAUCCCAGCUCGAACUUGUCAUGAAGGAUCUAGACAAGGACAACGACGGCUUCAUCAACCUGUCCGAGUUCGCCGAUUUCUGCCGCUCCAACUCCGCCGACGGCGACUCCGCGGAGCUCCGUGACGCCUUCGACCUCUACGAUCAGAACAAGAAUGGCCUCAUCUCCGCCUCCGAGCUCCACCACGUGUUGAAUCGCUUGGGAUUGACGUGCUCCGUGGAGGAAUGCAAGAACAUGAUCAAAUCCGUCGAUGCGGACGGCGAUGGCUCCGUUAAUUUCGAGGAGUUCAAGAAGAUGAUGACCAACAAUCCGCUGAGCGCUUCUACGAAUCCGUAGAGAGAACAGAAUGAAAGGAUUUCGCAAUACUUGUAGAAUUCUCGCACGACCGAUGAAAAAGGGGAAGGGAUCAUUCACGAGUGAAAUGAAACUUCCCACUCCUGUAUUCUUGAAAUAGACACUAGAAAGAGUAUUUUCAUAUGGGAUAAAUGAGUUAUUAGGUUAAAAAAUCAUCUAUACAUUAUUGAUUUUGAAUUUAAAAGUAACACUCUUAAAUAUUAAAAAAUUGUACUAUAAUAUUAAGUUUCUAAUGAUAGUUGAAAAACCAUUUGGGGGGAAAAAGAAAUUACUUCUUGUAGUUUUUCUCAUUUUUUUAAUUAAAUUUUUAUAAGGUAUUUUGUUUUAUCUAAACCUUUAUAGUUUGAUUUAUUUUAUUAAUUAAUCUUUAAAAGUUAAAAUCCUUGAUAUUUUUUGUAGAAAAUAAAAAAAUAUUUAUAGAUCCUUAUGCCGUGUAUGGUAUGGUGGGCAAAGAUUGAGAUUGGGUGAGAUUAAUAUCAUCUUUAACAUGUUUGAUAUGAAACAUUUUUUAAUACUUGAGAUUGUUCCAUCCCACCUAGAUGGAAAUAUUGAGACCCACGAUACCCUAUGAUGUUGUAAAAUUAAUCUUGAAAUUGAAACUUUUAUGACCAAAAUGCCCUCUUAGAAAAUGCCCAAAUCUAACUUUGUCCCCUUCCCCUUCACCUCAUUUGCUCGGCACGUUGAUCGUGAUGACUCAGGUGACAACUUCCUCCCUCAUAGGUGGCAGCUUCCACCCAUGCAGGCGACGACUUUGAGAAAGCAACAGUGAACAAGCAACAAACGAUGAAGAUCAGCAGCAACAAUCAACCUUGAAGUGAGCAAAAACAAAAGUAGAGAUGGUGAGAUCGAAAUUGAAAUCUACCUUUUUUAUUCUAAAUCUGGUGAUGGGUGAAAUUGAUUCAAAUGUUGGUUGCAAAAUUGAAGUCAAAUGAGGAGAGGCAUUAAAAUCAUGCAUGGAUUAUUCCAAAGGCAUCAACGGGUUGUUCUCGCGUUCGUUUUUCUUAUUUUAAAUUUUGUUCCAUACGUAUUAAAAUAAUCACAUGGGUUGUUUCAUUUCAUGUGGGGAGGCAUUGAAAUCAUACGGCUCACGGUUGCAAUAAGAAAAAGGAGCGUUUGAAAGUGGGAAAUUGAAGGAGAAAGAAGAACUAGAUGAGAUGUAGCUCACGGUUUACCUAUAAAGGGAGAAUGGAGGGAGGGGAAGAAGAAGAUAAGGAUAAUUGUGUCUUUUAAUUCUCUGUUUUUUUUUUAUUGGAGACUUUUUGUUUUUUAAUCUUAUCACAUAUCAAACAUAAUUUUAAAUUUUAUUCUCACUCCCAUUAUCAAUCCUAAUUCCAUAAAAUUCAAUGCUUUA